CCUCAUCCGUGAACACUCAGCUCGUUUCUCCUGCUGUUUUACUGGGAUACAAUAUUUCAGCAGGGAAUUUGUCCUGGGAUUCAGUCGGUGUAGCGUAAUAUGGACAGCUGCCAAUGACAUAACCACAUCUCCGGGGCGAUGGAAAAGUAGCCUGAGCAAGCCUCGUGACAACAUGGCUGCACAUCGGAUUCGAAUGACCACCAGCAACAACGUCCUUCCGCGGUGUAAGUCAGAAGGCACACUGAUCGACCUCAGUGAGGAUGUCUCGGAGGCCAGUCUUACAGAAGUCAAAGUGCCUUCUCCUAGUGCCUUACGCCUGGACACCUCUGCAUCUUUUGGGACUGCGCAGGAAGUAGUUGCCAUCAAGGAUUACUGCCCAUCCAGCUUUACAACAUUAAAGUUCUCCAAAGGAGACCGCCUCUAUGUACUGGAUGCAUCUGGAGGGGAGUGGUGGUAUGCCCACAAUAACACAGAGAUGGGCUACAUACCCUCCUCCUAUGUCCAACCCAUCAACUGUAGAGACUCCAGUCUUAGUGACAGUGGGAUGAUUGACAAUAUUGGCGACUGCUCUGAUGAAGGAGUAAAGGAGAUUGACCUUCUAGGAGAAUGGACUGGAUAUACUCUUAAGCCCCCUCUGCUCUACAAUAAUCACAACAACCCAUUUUCAACUAAUCCUUUUCUUAACGGAUCAGUGCAGGGCAUUCUGGACCAGAACAGCAAUGAAAAGGCCAACCAACACAAUAGCCUAGAUCUUCUUCUAUUUGACUCUUCAACUCACCCUGCACUCGUAUCCACUACCAGUAGCAACAGCACGAGUUAUGGAUACAGCAGUAGUAUUUUUGAUGGCACACCAACCAGUCCCAAUGUAGAAAACUUGCCAGUGUUCCGCAUGGACAACCCAUUUUUCCGGAGUAAACGAUCCUACAGUUUGUCCGAGUUGUCCGUCCUGCAGUCUCAAUCAAAUUGCCCCUUGCCGCCAUCGGAGUUCUUCACAGGCCUUAAAGCGCCUUCUCCGGAGCAGUUUCAAAGCCGAGAGGAUUUCAGGACAGCCUGGCUUAACCAUCGAAAGAUGGCACGGUCGUGCCAUGACCUCGAUUCUUUGGGACAAAACCCAGGCUGGGGCCAAACACAACCUGUGGAAACCAACAUCGUGUGCAAGCUGGAUAGUUGUGGUGGGGCGGUUCAGCUACCAGACACGUGCAUAAGUAUUCACGUCCCAGAGGGUCAUGUCGCAGUAGGAGACACACAGCAAAUAUCAAUAAAGGCUUUACUGGACCCACCACUGGAACUAAACAACGACAGAUGUACAACAGUCAGCCCUGUAGUUGAAAUCAAACUGAGCAACAUGGAAACAAAGUCGUUCAUAAGCUUAGAGAUGAAGAUUUCUGUAGAGGUAAAGAAGGAAAGCAGGCAAGUGGCAAAGAUUUUAUGUGUAAGGAGUGACUGUAAGGAUGGUCCAUACAUCCCCGUCCCACAGGCUUAUAUAUAUGGUGACACAGUUCAAGUACAGCUGGACAGCCUGGAACCAUGUAUGUAUGUUGCCGUUGUGGUCCAGUCCCACCAUGUCUCUUUAAAUUCAACAGUUUGGGAUCAGGUGGUGAAGAAAAUCACUCUUGGACUCUAUGGACCGAAACACAUUCACCCAUCUUUUAAGACUGUUGUGGCUGUUUUCGGACACGAUUGCGCUCCAAAAACUCUUUUAGUCAGUGAGGUUGGCAAGCAGGCUCAGUCAGCUCCCCCGGUAGCACUGCAACUAUGGGGGAAGCACCAGUUUGUUCUUAGUAGGCCUCAAGACCUGCAAAUAGGCAUGUACUCGAAUAUGUCUAACUAUGAGGUGAAGACGAACGACCAGGCUAGGAUAGUCCGAGGCUUUCAGAUAAAACUGGGCAAGGUGAGUCGGCUCAUAUACAUGAUUACGUCUCGAACCACGCAGGAGCUGUCGGACUUUACUCUAAGGGUUCAGGUCAAGGACGAUCAUGACUGCAUCCUUGCACAGUUCUGUGUACAGACCCCUCAAGCACCCCUCAAGACUGGAAUUAAGGCCAAUGGCCAGCGGAGGUUCCUGAAGAAAAAGGAAGUAGGCAAAAUUACGCUGUCGCCUCUGGCUGUCACCACUAAAUAUCCACAGUUCCAAGAUCGCUGCAUCACCAACUUGAAGUUUGGCAAAAUGAUUAAGACUGUGAUUAGGCAAACCAAGAAUCAGUACCUGCUAGAAUACAAGAAGGGUGAUGUGGUUGCCCUGCUAAGUGAGGAGAAAAUCAAAUUAAAGGGGCAACUGUGGACCAAAGAGUGGUACAUUGGAUAUUUUCAGGGAAAGAUCGGACUCGUACAUGUAAAAAAUGUGCUCAUUUUGGGUAAGGUAAAACCCAUAUACUUCUGCGGGCCAGACCUGACAAGUACAAUGCUGUUGGAACAAAUUUUAAAGCCUUGCAAGUUUCUCACCUACAUUUACGCCUCUGUGAGGACCAUACUAAUGGAGAACGUGGGAAACUGGAGGGCUUUUGCAGAUGCCCUGGGUUACGGUAAUCUGCCGUUGACUUACUUCUGCAGAGCAGAUCUAGAUAGUGAACCAGAGAGAGUGGCGUCUGUGCUGGAAAAACUCAAAGAGGAUUGUAACAACCAGGAGAACAAGGAGAAGAAAUCCUUCCAGAAGGAGCUGAUGAUGGCUCUGUUGAGAAUGGACUGUCAGGGUUUGGUUGUGCGUCUCAUCCUCGAUUUCGUCCUCUUGACGAUGGCAGUGGAAGUGGCUCCCCGCUGGAGAGACCUCGCAGAGAAACUCGCUCGUGUCUCAAAGCAGCAGAUGGACGAUUACGAGGCCCCACACCGAGACCGAAACGGAGUGAUGGAUGCAGAGGCCAUGUGGAAGCCGGCGUAUGACUUCUUGCUGACGUGGGCGGCCCAGAUCGGCGACAGUUACCGCGACGUGAUCCAGGAGCUUCAGCUGGGCCUGGACCGCAUGAAGAACCCCAUCACCAAGCGCUGGAAACACCUCACAGGUACGCUCAUCCUCGUCAACUGCCUCGACAUGCUCCGGAGCUCGGCCUUCAGCCCCGCCAGUCACGAGGAUUUUGCCAUCUAAAGACACGCCCACUUUCAGAAUCAUCUCUGUGUUUAAGCUCUUCGGAAGAACAUGCUGGAUUUUGACUUCCCGGAGUUUUUUUUAUGUACUUAUGAACAAUGAUGGCUUCAGUCUUAAUUGCGUAUUUUACCUCAGUAUGGAUCUUAAGUGAAAUUUGUUUUCUUCACUUCUUACCUUGUACAGAUUUUGACAUUUGAGCUUUCUAUUGUUCUUUUAUCCAUCCACAUUUGCAUGGUUUACCUCAAUACAGUCUGUGGAUUUUUUCCUAAUCCCUUGCUUCACUUGUUCUUAAUCGGGCAUGUAGGAAGCCAAUGAAGCCAAAACAAAACAGUGGUUUUACUACUGCUGUUUCUUGUUCAAUCCUCUUAUUAAAUCUCCUUGCCAGUAUGUGUGUUUUAUACUCUUCCGCACAGUGACUUUCACACUUUAAAUUGUUUUUGUUUGGUUUUAGAUAAAGACGGUGUUCUUCUUUCUCUUGAUUGCCAAAUUAAUAUUAUGAAUUGCUUCAGCAUUAACAGCAUGUCAUUACUGUUGUCAGGUUUGCAAUCUGAUGUAUCUUACAGAAGUGUAAAACAGACAGACAGUUGGUAAAAUAGAAUGUCAUAGACGCUGUAGUUGAUUCUAUUUUCUCCCACCUUGAGUCAGACUGAGACUAAAUGGCUGAUUUUAAUAAUAUGAACUUUUGACAGCUAAAAGUGUUUGUGCCAAUGAUUUUAUGUCACUGACUGAACAGAUUGCAGACAGAAUAUGGUUGAUCCAUGACCAUCAUUUACAGUCACAGCCACUGCGUUCUGAAUAAUGGAGCCCUAUUGUUUGUUGACCAAGUUUAGUAGGAAAGCCAGACCUAGGAUGUGUGUCUGUAGUUUACCUUUGAGAUGGUGUUGUGUCCUACUCUUGAUGUCUUGCUUUUUCUAAGACGUGUUUAAAAUGCGCCUCUGUGUUCAUUUAAUUUACUCUAUGGACACAGUUUGUUAUACUAAAAGACUUAACAGUUUUAUUACACACGUGUUACUACCAAUUAAAUGUCAAGCUAAUGUGUAGCAGGAAAAGAACACUAAUCAUACAAUUACAUGGAGUAUAAAUACUUUUUUUAUUUUGGGAUUUACUUGUUUUGUAAAUGCUUUUUACUAGCCAGCCAACAGCCGAUCAGCUAUGCCAGAGAUAUUCUAAACCCAUUUUGUAAAUUACUGGUAUCAAAGCUCUAUGAGCAGAAAUUUAAACUGGUUAAGUAUUGAUAUGCACAAGUUAUCAACAUCCUGUACUGAUCCAGCAUGAUUUGCUAUUAUUAUUAAAUGCCGUCAAGUUGAUUUCGACUCCUGGCGACCAUAUAGACAGUGUUUCUCCAGAAUGUCCCGUCUUCUGUUUGGGUCUCCCGGCUUCUUAAUGGCUUGUUCAUUGUUCCUCUAAUUGUAUUCAUGAUUAAUGUUACAUAUAACAUGAUAAACAAAUGAAGAAGUCUGUAGCUAGCAGUUCAUUACAGUGUAUUAAGAACUAGAUAGACUAAUCAAUUGAUAGAUGCAGUUGGUACAUCAAAGCUCUUUUUUACAGCAACACGAUCAGACCUUUAUAUUGGGACAUGAGGCAAAAGAUCCCUUUUUUGUUAAGAAAUAACUUUACUCAUGUGCAGAGUUCUGUGUAAUUUGUACAUGCGAUUCAUUUACCUGCGACUCUGCAUAAUAUUACCAAUAUUUAAUAGUUUUAAUGUUAAUGAUUUAAAUAAUUAGUACAUUUUUAUGUUUGUGUUGUAAUAUUGCAGAAUACCUUUACUUAUACCUAGGGGAAAUCUAAGGUAGCAAAAUCACCUUCUGUAUAUUUUAAGGAAGUGGGAGAAAGCUGGAGUGAACCUGAAAAUCUAUACAGAUAGUGACCAAAAGUCUUUGCUUUAUUGCUGCGUGGCCACCUAGACAUCUGUGCCACUCAACAAUUAAAACAGAAUGACUGUUAUACAUAAUUCACAUGGCCAGAGGUAAAAUAACCACCAGACAAACAUUGUGUUCAGGUAUUUAGAAUCUCUGAAGAGUAAUGAAAUGUAGCUCUUGGGACGGGGCCACAGACCUGAGGAAAGUCGAUAAAAGGGUAUAAUUGGCUAAUCCUUUUUAGUGUUUUGUUGCAGUAUUAUUCAUGCUGAAGCUGUUUUCUUUUUAAUUUGGAUGCUGUGUCAAAUAAUGUAAAAUGAAAAAUUAAUGUUUGUUCAUCUCUGUGGUUUUGUCUCUUUUUUACUCGUUUUGUAUCGUAGCUUUACAUUAGUUUUGUAUCGAUCAAAUGCACCGUUUGUGUUUCAGUCUGCCAGAUUGUGCUCUCAUUUGCUGGACACUUCGUACUGAUCUGGUGACACGACACAUGCUAGUGAAACUGAUUGUAUAGCUGUGUAUUCUCUAUCUGAUCAAAAUGUACAUUUCAUGUCAUGUUUAACUGGAGAAACUGUUGGAUUGUAUGUCUCACGUAUUGUCUCGGUUGCGAUAUUUCAGAUCAGACUUGCUGCACAUUUUGUUUGAAUCAAUUCAAUAAAUCAGCUGUCAGUUUGGAAA